AUGGGAGACUACAUAGAUUUCCACCGCCACCAAGAAGCAGAAGAGGAAGGAGGAGAAGAAGAAGAAGCACUCUCUCUCUGCGACCUUCCACUUGAAGAUAACGGUAAGGAGAUGAUGUCCACCCAUAAUCGAAGAUCAUCUUCAGAGCCACCUGAAUUCUUUGAGUUCUUCAGCAACCUCAACUCCGAGAUGUGCUCAGCCGAAGACAUCAUCUUCUGCGGCAAGCUCGUACCCUUAAAUAAAGAACUCUCCCCUCCAACCCAAACUCUCACGCCUCAUUCCCAACAAGACAUACGGCGCAGUUCUUUUUGCCGCCGAUCUGAAUCUCUUCCUGGGUUACAUAGCUCUGUGUCUCGUUCAAAUAGUAUCAAUACUACUAAACUCGUGAUGAGGAGUAGUCGCUCUCUAGAUUAUCGUAAACUUGAGAGGUUUCCCACCUCUAGAAUUUCGCCAGAAUCCGAUAAAACAAUUGAUCGGAACUUUUCGGUGAGAAGUAUUGAAAAAGUUGAUGGAAUGGUUAAAAGGACGGCCAAGCCAAGAUGGUACAUGCUUAUAUUUGGGGUGGUGAAGCCUCCUACAGAGAUGGAGCUAAGAGAUAUAAAAAGCCGGCAGGUUCACCGGAAUUCUUCAACUACGAUGUUCCCGCCCCCACUUUCCAGUAGCAUGAAGAAGUCUUCAGUUGGUAAGGGCUCUCAUAAGCUUAUCAGAGUAUUGAGUUGCAGGGAUCACACCAGUGUGGCUGUAACGACGUCGUUUUACAUACCCCCGACGUGA